AUGACUGGAGCAGAUUUUGAAGCCUGUCAACCUAAGAUUGAGCAUUUGAUUUUAUGGCCGCGAACUACUCCUGGUUCUAGUAUUCAGCUUUCUAAAUGCAGUCAAUAUUAUGGUUUGGAUAAAGUCAAAGGUGAUUUGUAUCGGUGGUGCCAAUCAACAUUAACGAAUUCUUCUAUAUGGUCGCCAGUUAGUGACUGCCAUUGCUAUUCAGAAAUUGUUUCAAUAGUUUACGAACGGUGUUUACUUCGAACUGCGACCGAUAUACUACAGCAGUUAGAAACGACGUCUACUCACUGUCCUAUUCAUGAAGGACAACAAGUUACCUUAUCCAAUGUCUUUUACCAGCUAACAUAUAAUGUCUUCGGAGAAGAGGCUACCAACUCAUUCCUAGGAACUUGGGAAAAUUUUACAUAUCAGGCGAAUAUGAGUAAAUUAAUUUCUUAUGAGUUGAGUUGGUACCAAUCUGGCUGCACACAUGUUGGGAUAGUAGUACCUCUACCUCCUAUUACAAUUAUAAUAACAAUACCAGGGAUACACGAUAGCUAUCAAGAUAUGGUAAAUCCGCAACCAGUAGGACCGGGCGAUUUGACGGUUUUAGUUACCGGUUCUGAUGAGCAACCGUCACCCUUUCAACCUCUUCCACCCCCUGUUAUUCAUGUUAUUCAAUAUAAUCCAAUACAAAUUAAUGGUAGUAAUGAAACUACCAUUGCUAGUAACGAAACUAUCAUUGUUAACAGCACUGUUGAUCCGAUGUUUAGAGUAAGGCUAUUGCACAGUCGUAUACUGUCUAUAAUAAGCUAUAUUGGUCUAAGCCUUUCAGCGAUUGGAUUAAUUGUGACUUUGUUAGCCUUUAUAAUUCUAAGGUUACCUAAAUCGCGCAAAUGGUUUAUCCACAUCAAUUUAAUUAUUGCUAUCGUAUUUUCUAAUGUCGGAUUUAUGGCAUUAAUAAAUCAGACUGCAGAUAAGGGUUGGUGUACUGCCAUUACUGUAAUGCUACAAUUCUUCUUCACUAGCAUUUUCACAUGGCAGCUCGUAGAGGGCAUUCACUUAUAUCGUGUUUUGGUAACAGUCUUUAUAAUUGAAAGAAGAUGGCAUAUUUAUCUAUUCCUGGCGAUUGGUUGGGGAACUCCAGCUGUAGUCAGUGGCAUAAGCAUUGCUGCUUUUCCUCAAGCUUAUACAAAUAAUACAGCUUGUUGGAUACGCUCCUCAUUUAUUUGGGUAUUCCUUGCUCCAUUAACCGUCAUAACCUUACAAGUAUUUCCAAUUUCGGAACUUGCUAGCGCUUACGAAAGAUGCGUUCUUUUACAGACUAAUAUCAUCAUAUUUGGAAUAACACUAUAUAUCCUAACUCAUAGAAUGUCUGAUGGAGUAAAAAAAGCUUCCGAAAGCAAUCGCAAAUCACUAAGGACUGAUAUUCGAAAUGCUAUAGCACUCUUACCAUUGCUAGGAUUGUGCUGGAUUGUUGGCUUAUUCGUUCCUAUACCAGGGGAUUACGUAGCUGACUAUUUGUUCACCAUAUCAAUUUCAAUGCAAGGGUUUGUACUAUUCCUAUUCCAUUGCCUAUUGGAUAAACAGGUGAUAGCAGCUAUAAAAAGACGGAAUUUUCGAUGGCGCCCUGCUAGAGCGCAGUCAAGAUCACAAGUCCAACUAUGUCUUAACUCCUAUAGUCAAGGAAAUACAUUACACUGUAACUCUGGUAAAGUUCAGACAGUGUCAUCAUCGGGGCAGUCUUUACGUCGUAAAGCUCCUACUCGAGGCUGUGGCGGUACUAUUGAUCAAAAUUGUGUUGACUCAAUAUCAAUAGAAAGUGGUAAAGGAUCAAUAGAAUGUAAUAAUUGGCCGGAAGAUACAGAAUCUUCAUCCGAGAAGCCAUCGUGCAAAAAAAUUUCUUUUCCCAGUUGUGAUGGUAUUUUCAAUCGAGAUUGUAUUGAUACAUUAUCAACUUCGCCAGACAGUGGCCAGUAUCAGUAG